AUGUGGUUCGUUGGUCUCCUCUUGAUGCAGUCUCUUACUGCUCAAGGCUUCCCUUUGCAUAUGCGGGGAGAGGACCUUCGGAAUUCGAACCUGUUCAUCAACAAUGGCGAGCUUCCGCGGGAUAGGUCCAUCUUCACGAUUAUUUCGUUGGUAUGCAUGAUGGUGUUGUCGUUGUUACUAGGGCUGCGAUGGGCAAAACUCAGACGGAGCAUCGUGGUUAAGCGCAGCCUCAUGUCAACGCUCGUUCUUAUGUUAUACGUUCUGGUGUUGAUGUUCAUCACCUGUUCAGCCGUUCUCGUAGCAGGGCAAGGACUGUACACGUAUGGGAUGUGUCUUGCAGGCACAUGGGUUUGUCUGAUCUUCUAUACGUUCAUCAAAGCUAUCAUCUAUGUCUUUCUGGUCGAACGCAUCCACGUCGUCCGCGCACCCUUCUUCAACAGGCGAAAAGACAAGCUGUACCUUGGUUGCAUGGCCAUGAUAAUCAUUACGUACAGCUCAGUCGCCAUCAAUGCAUACUGCAACCACGUCGUUGAGUUACGUGCGUCAGACGGUCGGUGCCACUUUGGCAUUCGCGGUGCCGUAUCAAUACCGUUCACGGUCGUAAACUUCUUCACAGAUGCGGUUUUGACAGCCGUCUUCUUUUACCUGCUUUGUCCUAUCGUACAGAUACCCGGUGUAUCUGUUCUCUCCAAAUUCUUCAAGAUAAAACCGAACAAAGAAGGAAAUACAGUCGAUAGUGGAAAUGAUACCCCAGCUCGAAAGAACAUUAGGACGCUGUUAUGGAAGAGCAUCAUUGGCUCACUGUUGAUCGAGAUUCCAAUGGCGGCGAACAUGAUCCAGUUCGUCUUGACAGAUGGCGAGGAACUGGGUAUGAUCUGUCUUACAAUCUGCCUAGUCGAUGUAUGUUGGGAUGCGCUGGUAAUCCAUUGGCUGACCUUCAGUGCGUCUGGCUCGGCCGCCGAAAAGGACUUGUCGCGAUCGACGGUGGUUUCCAGUGAGGAGUCAUCGCAUGACCAGAUACCACCUAGAUGCCGUUCUCGAUUGAGUCUUGAUGGCGAAGCCAAAUCCGUCAAGCAAGAAACGACCGAGAAGUCCAAUGAUUUACAACUCGAUGCUAUAGACUUCCGGUGCGAGAGCCCUCGAGAUUCAACAACUGAUCUGAUACGGCCCGCGGCUGUGAAGUGA